AUAUUUUCCCAAACCUGGCGAGAAAAACCCAGGGCUAGGGUUUUGAGCUCACUCCAGCCCGACAAAUCUUUGUUUCUGAAUCUCUCAAUCCACCUGGACUUCAAAACUUUCACUUCCCGGGGCCAAAUCUCUAGCAAGAAAUAAUGUCUGGAAGGAAUCGCGGACCCCCGCUUCCAAUGAAAGGGGCUCCUCACGCUGGACUACCCCCUUCAGUCCGUGAAGUACCGUUUGGCAGAGGGGUUGGGCCAAUACCCCACCCAGCUCUACUCGAGGAGAUGAGAGAAUCCCACUUCGGAAUGGGUCCCAGAUCACUCCCUCAUCAUCCUGCAGUAAUUCAGGAGGGUCUUGAUGCUCAGUAUCAAGAAAUUCAGGGGCUCUUAGUCGAUAACCAGAGGUUAGCUGCGACCCAUGUUGCCCUUAAGCAGGAACUAGAAGCUACGCAACACGAGUUGCAAAAGAUGGGUCACUUGGCAGAUUCCUUGCGGGCGGAGAAGGAUGGUCAGAUGAGAGGAUUAUAUGAGAAGUCUGUUCAUUUGGAGGCGGAUCUUCGUGGGGUUGAGGGCAUGCGUGCCGAGCUUUUUCAAGUUCGUGCUGAUAUUAAAGAGCUUAGUGGCUCAAGGCAGGAGCUCACGGGUCAGGUACAAGCGAUGACACAAGAUUUGGCUAGACUUACGGCAGAUUUGCAGCAGGGACCAGCGUUAAGGGCGGAAAUUGAGACUAUGAAGCAGGAGUUGCAACGUGCAAAAUCGGCCAUCGAGUAUGAGAAGAAAGGAUAUGCCGAUAAUUAUGAGCAUGGGCAAGUGAUGGAGAAGAAGUUGCUCUCAAUGGCUCGAGAGUUGGAGAAGCUUCGUGCGGAGCUUGCCAAUGCAGAGAAGAGAGCUCGUGCUGCUGCUGCUGUUGGGAAUCCUGGGACAGGCUACAAUGUGAACUAUGGAAAUCCUGAAACAGGUUAUGCAGGCAAUCCUUAUCCUGCUGGCUAUGGCAUGAAUCCUGCGGGUGCAGAAAAUUUCCCUCAUUAUGGACCUGGUCCUGCUUCAUGGAGUGCCUAUGAAAUGCAACGAGCUCAAGGACACAGAUAGGCUUUUCUCACAAGCAAACCAAGCUGUGUUCUAACUGGUUGAGUUCUAUGUUCAGGUUAUCCUGUGAAGUGGCACAAGCUAGAAACCCGAACUAUUUCAUUCCCUGUGCGACCCCUCGCUUAUUUAUAGGGCUGCUUCACUGAGAUCAAUGGCCUGGCUAUAUCAGACCACCUGGUGCAUAGAACUUUGUAUCCUGAGACGUAAUUCAUCAUUUUGAUAUAUAUGCUGCAAUGGGUUCUGAUGAUGACCUCACCUCCACCGUUGGGUUGAUGGUCUCCUGGUUUAUGGAACAUUUUAUAGAACUUUGAUCCACCCUGUUGUGCCUCUCCUUGGGCACAAGGGAAAUCAUCUCCAUUUUUA